AUGGCACAUUCAAGACACCAGUCCUCGCGACGAGACAGGGGGCCCUCGAGGCGGGACCGGGACAGAUACUACGAUGAUGAUCGGGACUCGAUCGACCUAUACGACGAGGAACCUCGUGGCCGUGCCAAGCGACCGGCUCCCUCCCGGCGAUCCACAUACAACGACGCCAACGGAUCUGCAGAGUACUUCGAAGACGAAGACCGCUACUAUCCACCACGGUCCUCUGACCACAAAUCCAGAAGACACGAUCGGGGCGGCCGGAGGCACCACAGCGAGCCGCGGUCUCCCUCGAGGCGUGGCAGCCGCGAUGGACACAGGGGCCGUGACCCGUCCGUGGACAACAAGAAGAAACGCAAUCAGAUGAUAAAAGCUGGUCUAUCAGCAGCAGCUGUCGAGGCAUUCCGACAAAGGAGCAGGCCGGGUGAUUGGGUAGGGGAGAAGGGCGUCAGGGUGGCGACCGCCGCGAUAAGCGCGGCUGUGAUCAACACCGGUAUCGACAAAAACCCGAACCACGGUGCCAUUGGGAAUAUCAUGAAGUCCACAAUCGGAGGCCUCGUUUUUGACAAGAUUGCAAAUGGGGUGAAGCGGUAA